UUUUGACGCUUUGAUGUGAAAUCAAUGCCUUGACGUGAACUCGUGCCUAGACUUUGAACCCGGAAGAUAUGCUGGGACUCUUCUGACGCAAUAAUGUAACAAUUAUAUUCUUUUCAGUGUUAGAAAAAUAAAUGUGUCCGAUUUUUCAUAGCUCUGUCCACAAUCGUCUUUAUUUCAAUUUUUCAUAUUUUUCUACAAAAAGAAGAUGAAAGAAACCAGUUUUUUUCCCGCCCCUCAAAAGUUUACGAAAUAUUACAUCUCUAGUCGUGACGUAUAACCACAAUGGGGGAUUGGCCAUAAUUCUUCCUUCUCUUCUACUGUCCUCUGUUACACCGCUCUAUCUUUCUGCCCCCUACCGAGUAUCAGGCCAAGGAUGCGCUUCUCCACCUUUCCUCUCAUUGAACUUUCUUUCUUUUUUUUUUGAAAGAAAAUACCCUUCAUACAAAAAACACGGAUAUUUGAUGCAAGAUCUAACCACACUGAUGUCGAUUUCAUUUCCAAGACGUUCUUUUCUUUUCUGAGCUUCCAUGCACGUGGCAUAACGUGCGACUGGCGCCUGCAGUCACCUCGCGCCACGACAAGGAAGAGGAGAAACGCCAUGGCUCAGAUUCGAAUGGUAGCUAUGUGGAUUUUCUUGAUUGUAGCGGUCACCGGGCUAGGCGCCGCCCCUACGGCUGUCGGAGCAGAGGAUCAGGAUGCCGCAGACAACCCACAGGCCCAGCACGCGUCAAGGACUGUCGUCGUGGCCGGAUCCGCUGGCGUUCCGCUGAGCGUCAACUCGGCGCUGGCGCCGGCCAGCCGCCAGGAGUACGGGGCUGUGCAGCCGGCGGGCGGCUACGGCCCAGUGCCGCGCAGCAGGCUGCGCCGGAACGCCCACAGACGUCGGAGGCGCCUGGACAACCCGCGCUACUACUACCCGAAUGGCGACUACUCAGCAGACACAGAGGUAGGCUGGGACAACUACCGCCGGCGAGCCGUGCGCGAGUCGGCUGAGGUGGGCCGGCGCUCGGACUCCUACCAGGCAUCCUACGCGGCUCCGCUGGAGUCGGACGCCGCCGCUUCGGCGGAGCGCUUCAAGGUCGACGAAGGUCAGAGGGAGCCGGAACAGGAGUACGCGGCCGGUGGGUACGACUACCGGACUGGCUACCAGCGCCAAGGCUAUCAGAAGCAGCGACGCUCCGCCGCCGCACUGCCGGCACCCAGGCGAAACGCCAAGCAGUGGGGCUCGUGGCAGUCGGACUACGGCGGCCAUAUGCAGCAGUCCUGGAACGCGCGCUACCCGCAGUAUGACUACGGUGAGGCAGCCAUUGCAUAUGCCAGGAAGGAGCCGUCCAAGUUCUAUGGCCGCGAAGAAGCCGCCUCGGGCGUGGCCGAUCCGGGCGGCAACGCGGCUUCCAGCUAUGCCGCCGAUGUGGCCGGCCAGGACGGAGUAGUGGAGCGCGCUGGAGACGUGCCGGCCGUCGCCCCCGCCGCCAUCCCCCAGUAGUGCAGCAAUAAACCGAGGAGAGCACUAA